UUGCGCGCGCAUUAGCCGCUCAGUCGUGUAAAUGAAACCAAACAUUAUCGAGUUUUUAAUUUUUAACUCUUAUUAUUUCAAAAUAAAUAAAAACAAUGGAGCCAGAAGUGGAACCUGAACCUGGAUUCAGCGAAGCAAAUAGCGACAAUGUGCCUGAAAUUGAUGCACUAGUACUUGCAGCAUUUUUCGCAUCAAACAAAAUACAAACUCCACCUUCUGGGCGGCCAAACCUUGGAGAUGACGCGAUAUCCUAUGUUCAGAUUAUGCGGAUGGGUAAACUAUGUACUAUGAAAUGUAAAGUUUACUCAGAAGUGGACUCUAAGCUUUAUGCUGUUACAUUGACCCUGAAUGAGACAGACAGCGUGAUUGACUCCGUGCAUUGCCAUGACUGCGGGGACUCAGAAGGUGUCUGUCUCCAUGCAGCAGCUUUUGUCCUGUGGGCUCAUCGCAAGAGUGAGCAACAGUCUGGUACUUGUCAGUCCUAUUUUCAUAAACCUAUACUCCAGUGCUCACCUGAAGACUUCAGAAUAAGCAAUAUUUUUAAUUUCAAACCAAACCCACAACCGAUGCCUUCAGACACAUCCGUCUUUGACGAAUUUAUAAAGAUGGCACAAAAGAAUAAUGUAACGGACUGCCCUCUCUUAAGAUAUCAUUCUUCUUACAAAUGCAGUGAUAUGGAGAGUCUUUCAAUGCACCAACUUGCUAUUAAAUACAAAGACAAGUGCUCUGAAACAUUCUUGGAAGCAAUAAAACAGGAUAUAACAAAAGAUUUAAUAAAUAAAAUUCAGAAGGAAACUAUUGGAAAAAACUACCGUGAACUUUGGUGUGAAUUACAGUAUGGUAGGAUAACUGCAUCUAAAGCUUAUGCAACAAGUGAAUGUGACACAUGUGAUGAGGACCUUAUAUCAAGCAUUAUGGGUGCAUACAUGCCAGACACUGAAGCUAAGAAAGAAAAAAGAGCUAUUAAAAGUUUGGUUAGACAAACUGUUGAAAUGGCACUUGGAGAGAAGAUUGAUAUAUGUGGGUUGAUGUUAAACAACACUUUUCCAAUGAUAGUGGGAUCCCCUGAUGGAAUAUGUGCCGAUGGCAUUGUACACAUUGAGUUAAUCACUAGUGAAAAGCCUGAAUCACACUUUAUCAAAGAUGGCAAGCCAACUGACAAAUAUUAUGCAGAGCUGCAGAUAUUAAUGUACCUGACUGAUACUACUAAUUGUUACUAUUGUGUAGCUGACUUUGUUAACCAUAAGCAGGUGCAGAUUACUCAAGUGCCAAUUAACAGUGGGCAUGUGAACUAUCUACUGAAUGUCUUAGAAUUAUUCUGGAAAACAUAUGUGUAUCCCUUGAUUAUCAAUGCUGUAACAGAUGUGAAAGUAGAAACCUAACUAAUUGAAUGUAAACAAUGUUAAUAAAAACAAAUUGUAAUAAA